AUGUUCCACGAUAAAAUCCACAAUUCCGUAUGUGUUUCUCCAUCGAAUGAACCACAAAAGAAAGCAGCAAAACGGUCAAAAUCACAAUACAAAGUUUACAUGACUACCAAAAAAAAAAAACCAACGAUAAAAAAUGACAAAAAUAAAAAGGUCGUCUUUCAUCCCGCGAACAACUUCAAGCACAUGGAUUACUCACCGUUGCACCAGGACUGUGUCUCACUAUGUAGAACACAGCCAAUCAACCACUAUCACUACCCCAAUAGACCAGUCCCGUCAAAUUCCAACGCCCGCAAUUGUCGCCGGGCCAUACAAUUCAUCAUGUCAUAUAUUCAAACCGUAUUUUUCCGAGCAUCUGGCCGAGCAUUCUUGGCAGACACAACCUCCACCUCGCUUCUCUGUCAUUCCGCAUAUAGAUCCACUCGUACCCAUUUAUCAGUAUCACUAAAGACCACCGUUCAGCAGCGAUUGCUCACGAUAUCCAGCACCAGGUUCGCUCUGCAAAACAACAACAACAAAACAAUUCCUCCACAUCUAUCCUCGCAGGAAAAGAAAGAAUAUUCCAAUAGUUCACCCAGUUCCAGUACAGAUACCCCUCAAGAACUGAAGAUGUCAAUUCUGACACCAAAGGGUGAACACUCACAAACCCACGAAGAACACUCUCACUCUCACGAUGAACAUUCACACUCUCACGAUGAACACUCCCAUUCGCAUGAACACUCGUUGUUCCACACCCAUACCCACCAACACAAUGAGCUCCUCUCGAAAGGAUUCCUCACCAAUCCGGCCGUGCGCAUCACGUGGAUCGGGCUUUUGGUGAACGUGGUGAUGGCCGGCGCCAAGGGAUUGGGCGGAGUCUACUUCCACUCGCAGGCCUUGAUGGCCGACGCUAUCCAUUCUGUGUCAGACACAGUGGCCGAUUUUUUGACGCUAGCUACGGUCAAUGUGGCCAGCAAGGAAGGCACGUUUUCUAGAUUUCCUUUAGGUUACGGUAAAAUAGAGUCUGUAGGCACGUUGCUCGUUUCUGGGGUGUUACUCGCUGCCGGGGUGACGGUGGGCUGGUCGUCGCUCUUGCAGAUCCUCGAGAUGCUUCUCCCGUCCAACAUCUACGAGUAUUUCCAGGCGAUUCCUGUGCACUCGCAUUCGCACUUUGGAAGCUCUGGCCACGAUCAUGACCACUCUCAUUCUCACUCCUCAGACGCUUCUGUAGCUGAACGUCAGAUCCCCAACAUCAAUGCGGCAUGGCUUGCGUUGGCGUCCAUUGGUGUCAAGGAGCUUUUGUUUCGUAAAACCAUGCAGAUUGCUGAAAAAACAAACUCAAAGGUCCUUGUUGCCAACGCAUGGCACCAUAGGGUGGACUCGCUCACCGCCGGUGUGGCUGUGGUGACCGUCACUCUGGGCGUGUUCUUUGGCGUUUCAUGGCUUGAUGCUGUGGGCGGCUUGCUUGUCUCGGCGCUUAUCAUAAAUGUGGGUUUCAAAAGUUUAUUGGGAGCCUGGUAUGAGUUGAUAGACCGCGGAUGCGAGCCGCAAUCAGAACAGUACCAAGAGCUCAAGCUGGUUGUCGAAGAAUCUUCUGAAACCAUCUCUCAGUUGGCAAACUUGGAGAUCAAGGUCGAAGAGUUUUCCGUGCUUGCCGCCGGCGCGCGUUCCAACUUGAUUCUCAAGGUAGCAACCAACGACGACCCAUCCUUGAGCGCCAUCUGUAAAUGGCAAGAGGACCUCAUCGCCACUAUCAAGCAGAAGGAUAAGUCUGUUGGAAAGGUGUUUGUGGAUUUCAAUUCUGAAGGGCUGAAGAAGGAUUGA